UACGCAGCACCCUCUAUGGCCUCUGCUUCAGUUCCUGCCUUGAGUUCCCUCACUGAUGGAUUGGAGGUACAUCCAAGGUAGCUCAGUACAGAACACAGGUAGUCAGGAAGAGCAACAAUCGCUUUUAACCUCUGACCUGAAUCCAGCGCUGAAGCACAUUUCCUGUGACCCCGGGAUGGCAUGACAGUCAGCAGCAGAUGUGGACCAGACUGCAUCAUGCACCACCCCCACUGACAGCUUGGCUGCUGUGAACUGUCAAGCCUGGCACACAACAGUUAACCGCCGGGUCUGGCCGGGUGCCCAGCCUGGGCUGCAACACAGCCAGUUCCUUUCUUUUAUCCCACUUGCUGGGAGAACUCAGCUGGGUGAAUAGAAAGUACCUAAGACAAAAGUUACCAAGAGAGGCAGAGCCUUGUUUCCGCUGUGGCUCUGGGCCCAGGAACUUCCUUCUUUCACCCGCUUCUCCUAGAGACUUCCAAAUGACGCCCUCCAUGGCAGCAAGAGGGAAGCGGGCAUCUUGGAGAGAGCCUGGAGUAGACGCUGCAAAAGGGCCCUUGAAGAUGCCUCAUUCUUGCUGAGGUGUUUGCAGUUAACAUACAGGAGCCAAAAUGAUGGGCAGCUGCCCAAGCACUCACUGAGCUCAAGAUUUGUCAGUGAGCCCCUACUGUGUGCUGGGCAUGCUGACGCAUGGUUUUAGGAUUUAUGCACCUGUGGGUCCCACACUUCCCAGGGAGCAGACACUGAACAUGGAGAGCCUUGGGAGCUGAGGAUAUGGACACAGAGCGAGAAGCCCUGCAGUGCACAGCCUACCCUGAGGUUCAGAGCUUCUGCCAAAGGCACGGCUUGGCGUUUGAGGUGGUUGAUCUGAGGUGGGGUAUUCCGAAUACGCAGGCCACUGACUACCUGACCACGGAACUCUGCUUAGAAGAACUGGAGCGCUGUCAGAAAACAUCCAUAGGACCAGCUUUUGUGGUGAGUGUGGCAGGGCCCUCCUGGGUGACCAGUACGGCCCCUGCCCGGUUCCCCGGAGGAUUGAGGAAAAGGAGUGGGAGGCACUAAGAGCUCAGCUGACCUCCAGGCCUCGAGAUCUGGAGCUGGUGACCAGACAUUUCCAGAGAGACGACAACACCAUUCCUCCAACCUACGUCUUGCAGCCUUCAGGCUCACUGGUGGUCCCAGGGCCUGAGGAGGCCACCUUAACCUCUGUCCUGAGAGGUGGAGCCCAGGAGGCCUGGAGGCUAGGCCUCAUCAGCCAGGAGCAAUGGAUGUGCUAUCACCGAUCAGUUAUUGAGUGGGAGAUCGAGCUUGGCCUACUGAGCUCAGCAAGAGGGGACCAGGGAGCUACCGUCUUCCUGAGAGAUGUACAGGACCUCAAUAAACACAUCUUGGAUGAUUGCUCUCUGAAGAUGGUGGAUCGGCUGGUAGAUGGCUGCCUGGAUACCAAUGCCCAGAGUCUUCUCAGUGGUCUUAAAGGGCGCAUACUAGAUGCUCAGCCUGGAGCCCUAAAGUCCCACCACCUGUCCUGGAGCCGAGACCUGGUCAACCCCAAGAACAAGGCUCACGCUCGUUACCUAAAGCAGUUGAGCGAGCAGUUCGUGGCCAGGACCAACCAUCAGGUCCUGGAGCAGCUUCGAGAGCUGGAGUUGGCCAGACAGGAGCUGGGUUGGCUCUACCAAGAGAUCCGCCACCACCUCUGGCAGAGCACAGAGUCUACCAAGGUCUUCUGCGGCCACCAGGAGCUCCUGGCCCAGCUCAGGCAGCAGCUCAGACAGGAUGAGAGCCGGACACAUACUCCCUUGGUUCUCUUUGGACCACCAGGCAUCGGGAAGACCUCUCUCAUGUGCAAGCUAGCCCAGCAGGUACCAGAGCUACUUGGCCACAAGACAGUGGUUGUCCUGAGGCUGCUAGGGACAUCAAAGCUGAGCCUGGAUGCCCGCAGCCUCCUCAGGAGCCUGUCCUUCCAAGUGUGCUUGGCAUAUGGGCUGCCACUGCCCCCAGCCCAGGUCCUGGAGGCCCACAGCAGGGUGGGCCAUUUCUUCCAUACUCUCCUCCACACCGUGUCACAGAGGAACUUUGAGUCCCUGGUGUUGCUCCUGGACUCCGUGGAUGACCUGGACUCCAUAUGCCAUUCUCCGAGGGUCUCUUGGCUGCCCCUCAAGUGUCCUCCAAGGGUGCACCUCAUCCUCUCUACAUGCUCAGGCCAGCAGGUUUUACAUAACCUGCAACAGACCCUCAAGGACCCCAGCACCUACUGGGAGGUGAAGGCCCUGUCUGGAAGUCAAGGCCAGGAGUUCAUACAGCUGCUGCUGGCUGCAGAGAAGAGGAUGCUGAGCCCGGGUCAGAGAGAUGUCCUCUGGGCCAGCCUCCCAGAGUGUGGCCACCCAGGGAGGCUAAGGCUGGCCUUUGAGGAGGCCCGGAAGUGGGCCUCCUUCACUGUGCCAGUGCCCUUGGCCACUACAGCAGAGGAAGCCACACACCAGCUCUGUAUACGCCUGGAGGAGACACAUGGGGCACUGCUGGUGGCUCAUGUACUGGGCUAUAUUGUGUCUUCCAGGGAUUUGGACAGAACCUGGAUUUUGUGGAGGUACGGUCUCUCAGAAGCAGAGCUGAAGGAUGUGUUGUCUUUGGAUGAUGAAGUCUUGCAGGCUGUGUACCGGGACUGGACGCCACCUAGCAAAGAGCUGCUGCGCUUCCCGCCCCUGCUGUGGGUGCGGCUCCGCCGGGACCUGGGACACUGCCUAGUCAGGAGGCCCGUGGAUGGCUGCAUGCUACUGGCCAUUGCACACAGACAGCUGUCCCAGGUAAUCCAAGUUCGAUAUCUGUCUGGGCCUGAGAGAGCCAAGAGGCAUGGCGUGCUAGCUGAAUUCUUCUCUGGAGCCUGGAGCCAGGGGAUCAAGAAACUUAUCACCCUGCCGCUUGUAGGGAAGCCCCUGAACCUGGACCGCAAGGUGGCCCCACAGCCACUGUGGUUCUCAAGCACAGUGGCCAACCUGAGGAAGCUGACCGAACUGCCCUUCCAUCUGCUGCAUGCAGGCCGCUUGGAGGAGUUGAAGCAGGAGGUUCUGGGGAACAUGAGUUGGAUCUCAUGUCGGGGCAUCUCUGGAGGCAUUGAGGUCCUGCUGGAUGAUUUUGACAUGUGUGCCCCUCACAUGAACUCUCCUGAGGUUGAUCUGGUUAGAGAAGCCAUCCAGCUGUGUGGCCCUGCUGUGGAGCUCCGGGGCCUGGAGAAGAGCGUCCUAUACACCGAGCUCCUGGCCAGACUCCUUUUCUUUGCUGCAUCACAUCCAGCAAUGAUCGGACAACUGUGCCAACAAGCCCAGAGCUGGUUCCGUGCCUGCCCCUACCCAAUGCUGGUGCCCCUGGCAGGAUUCCUGCAGCCACCUGGUGGACCUCUUCGAGCCACUCUUACUGGGUGUCACAAAGGCAUCACCGCCAUAGCAUGGAGCCUGGAGGAGAAACUCCUGGUGGUGGGCACCCAGGAUGGUGCCAUGGUCGUGUGGGACGUGGAGGAACAACAGGUGGUACACGUUCUAAUGGGACACACAGCUGAAGUGAAGUGUGUGCGAGUGUUUGCCCAAGGGACUCUUGCCAUCUCUGCAUCAAAGGACCAUACCCUGCGUCUGUGGAGUCUGCUUUCCGGCCAGGAGAAAGUCACCAUUUUGGAUGGAGGGUCACAAAAUCCCACAGAGCCCCAGAGUUGGGACCUUCAUGUGGAUGAGAGAAACAAUGUUGUAUACUCGACAUCUGGUGCAAGGAUCAACAUGUGGAAUCUGGAAACUUCGAAGCUGGUUUUCUGUAUCACAGGAGAUGUGUCUGAUCCCUGGGUCUGUGUGGCUUUGUUGGCUGCCCAGGGUUUGCUGCUUGCCCUGUCCAAGGGUGGCCAGGUCAGUCUGUGGAGCUCAGCCAUGGGAAAACUGCAGGAGAAACACCAGUUAUCCAGCAUCAAAGAAGAGACACCCACCUGUGCCGUCUCCAUCCAGUCCCGGGCAAGGCUGGUCGCUGGCUUCAGCAGUGGCUCCAUUGCCCUGGUCUCCGCUGGAGAAGACAGGCUGCUGGAGAAGCUCCCAGAAGCUGUGGGGUUCCUGGUGGUUUCUGAAGACGAUUCCCUUCUUGUGGCAGGCUUUGGAAGAUUUGUGCGGAUUUUCUUGGCUGACUCGCAAGGCUUCCACCGGUUCAUGGCUUCGGAUCUGGAACACGAGGACAUGGUGGAGACAGCAGUCUUGGGUCCUGAGAACAAUCUGAUCAUCACAGGGUCCCGGGAUGCACUUAUCCAGGUGUGGAGUUUGUCAGAACAGGGGACCCUGCUGAAUGUCCUUGAGGGCGUGGGCGCCCCUGUGAGUCUGCUGGUCCGGGGUGGGACUCUGGUGGUGUCUGCAUCCCGGAAGUCUUCAUCUUUCAAGGUCUGGGAUCUCAAGUCCACUAAGAAGCUGCAGUCUCCGACUCCAUUUCUGGACCGCACCGGCCUCGCUGCAGUGUCCCACCAUGGCAGCUUUGUCUACUUCCCUAAGGUUGGGGACAAAAACAAAGUCACAAUUUGGGACUUGGCAGAAGGUGAGGAGCAAGAUUGCCUGGACACGUCCAAUGAGGUCCGCUGUCUGGAGGUGGCCGAGCAGGCCAAGCUCCUCUUCACAGGCCUGGUUUCUGGGAUCGUGCUUGUGUUCCCCCUGAAUUCCAGGCAAGAUGUACUGUGCAUCCCCCCACCUGAGGCACGCAAAGCUGUCAACUGCAUGUCCCUGAGCAAGAGUGAGAAUCGUCUGGCCAUUGCCUAUGACAACAUUGUCCUGGUGCUUGACAUCAGCCCUGGGGACCCAUGUCCGGCCAUUGAAGGCCCCACCUACACCUUUUACACCCAGCUGCCUGAGACCAUAGUGAGUGUGGCUGUCCUGGCUGACUAUCGUGUGGUCUACGGCAUGAGCGAUGGCAGCCUCUUCCUGUACGACUGUGCAUGCUCUAAAGUGUUCCCUCUGGAGGCCCAUGGGAGCAGGGUGAGCUGUGUAGAGGUCAGCCACAGUGAGCAGCUAGCAGUGAGCGGGGCUGAAGAUGCACUGCUAUGCCUCUGGGACCUGCAGGCUUGCAGGGGGAUGUUCGAGAUGAGCUAUGAGAACUCCUGCUGCAGAGGGGUGCGGUGUGCCUGCUUCUCCAGGGAUGACAAGCAUGUAUUUGCAGGCAUGGAGGACCGCUCUGUCACUGCCUGGAGCACGGUGGAUGGCACUCUUUUGGCUGUCCAGUUUGUUCAUGCUGUGAUCAACCGAAUCAUCCCUACCUCCAAUGGCUUCAUGGCCCCCACAAGCCACGGCUAUCUCAUCCGUGAGCGCUUCCAGUGCCCGUCAGUCAGAGCCUCCCAGCAAGACCCUCUCAAGAACUUCAAGAAGGCAGUGUGGCUGGUAAAGACCAGGCAGAGGGAAGAGCUGGCUGCAGCAGAAGCCUCCCAGGAUGCAGAACCAGUGGCCGUAGAGGGAAAGGAAUCAAAGUCAAAUAAACGCUCACAGGUCUGCCUCAUACUCUGAAAGCCUACCAAGGCAGGGGCUUCAGUGACUUAGCCAUGGCUCACCUGGUUGAAGCCAACUGACUCUCUCUGCUGGUGCCAUGUGGACCCCCCCUUCCCCUCAACCAUCUUCCAUUUUUCCUCAUAGCUUUUUCUGUGGGUUCUGAAGGCCUACUUCCUUCAAGUGAGCAGCAGCCUGCAUCUCCCACCUUACUCUAAGAACUUGGCUCAAAGGCUUGGCUCUGCCUCUUAGUUGUACUGGUGCAAUUCUUAUCCCUGAGCCAGUUACUAGCUGUGAGAGGAUCUGAAAUCAUUGUAGGGACCAAGAGUGACCUUGUCAAAGUGUUGUGUGAUGGAGAGUGAAAGACUGCUGGGAUGUGAUGGGUGCUGUCCUGUCUUCAUAGCAGUGAGCCUCCAGUAAUAGCCCAUAAUCCAUACUGCAAAGCCACACAGAGCAUAGUUAAACACACAGCAUAGUUAGUCUGUCUGCAGCUCCUGCUGUGAGACUCAAAAUGGUGUGUAAAAAAAAUCCUCCUAGGAUCUGGUGGUGGCAUAGCUUUCAAUCCCAGCACUCAGGAGGCAGAGGCAGGAGGAUUCCUGUGAGUUUGAGGCCAGCCUUAGGUUACAUAGUAAGUUUCAGGACAGCCAGAGCUAUGUAGAGAGAAAAGACUGGUGCUGGCUCAGGGCUUAAAUCACCUUGCAUCCCAGAAUACAAGAACAUUGUACACACUGUCACCAACCUGUAAGCCUAGCCUCAGGGAACAGGCUAUUUUUGUUUCUUCCACUGCUGUGACUGAAAAACUCGACCAAAAGCAACUUAGAGGAGGAAAUGGUUCAUCUGGCUUUCACCCCCAGGCCACACACCCAGUUCUUUACUUAGGGAAGUCAGGGAACGAACUCAAGCAGGAACUGAAGGCAAGCCUGCUGGCUAUUGCACACAGCAUGACCUCUGACUAGGGGACUCAGCCGCGGUCAUACAGCAGUGUCUCCGUCAUUAUCAAUUAGUGAUGGUCAAGAGACACCAUGACCAUGGCAAAGCAGUUAAUGGGGUUGGGAGAACUGUUUAUAGUUUCAAAGGCUUAGUCCACUGUCAUCACGACAGGGAGCCUGGUGGCACACAUGGCAGGCAUGGUGCUGCAGGAAUAGCUGAAAGAUAUAUCAUGAGAAUCCUUUUAAACAGUUCCCUCUCCGGUGGCCAGACACUCAAAUAUAUAUGCCUCUGGGAGCCAUUCUCACUCAAGACACAAGCCUGAACCACAGAGGAUGUAGUUUCUGCCGUUCUCCUGAUUAGCUAAGCUUUUUCAUAAGCCCCAGAACCACUUACCACUCACAGUGGGCUCCCUCCUCCAUCAGCUAGCAGUCAAGACAAUGCCCCAUGGACAGGCCCACACACCAGUCUGACCUGGGCAACCCUUCAAUUAAGACUUGCUUCUCAGGUGACUCUAGGCUAUGUGAAGUUGACAGUUAAAGCUAAUAAGGUCAUAGAGGAUCCUGAGCAUUCUGGCUAGCUAGCUAGACACAUCUGUGAGCUCUGGGUUUGAUUAAGAGACCCUGCCACAAUGAAUAAGGUAGAAGAGAAGUCAAUGAUUAUUCCUGACUCAACCUCAUGCCUUCAGAUACACAUCACAUGUACCCACAUGGGUGCUCAGGCACACAUGAACACUCAUGAUGCCCACACCAGCCUCCAUGUGUAGCCAAAAGUGCUGGCACAGUCUUAUCCUCCUGCCUCCAUUUCCUGCUUGGACAACUAUAACCACUGUGCCCAGCUAAGAUGCUGUCUCACUCAGUUCCCUGACACAUCAGGACAUGCUAGCAUCUACCUGCUUUGCUGCCAGACCUUCUGCCUUGAAAUGGCUUUCUCCACAGUGCUCACAGCCAUCUAGUGAGCCGGUCUUGUGCCUGGAGCCUUGCUACAGCCAGACCUUAGAGGUGAGAGGCCCCCUUCACGCCAUGGGACACUAGACAGACUCAGUGAAAGCAGCAGUAGAAACAGCUUGUUUUUCUGUGUUGGAUACAGAACCAGGACUUGAAGGCAAGUGCUAUAUCUCAAGCCAUACCCUGAGCCCUUACUGGGGGAAUCCAGGAAGGGGCUUUACUGCUCAGUCACAUUCCAGCUUCAAAAUGAGGCCUUUGAAGAUACCUUGUUCAGUUACUUCCCAAAUAAGGAUUCCAAUGCAUGCUUUAGCAAUUCUGAAAAUGUUAGUGUCAAAUUUUAUUUUUUUAAAAAAAUUACUGGUUAUGGCAAACAGAGGUUGUGUGCACCUUUAAUCAUAGCACUUGAGAGGCAGUGGCAGUGGCAGUGGCAGUGGCAGUGGCAGUGGCAGAAGCAGAGGCAGGCAGAUUUCUGAGAUCAAGGCCAGCCUGGUCUACAAAGUGAGUUCAGGACAGCCAGGGCUAUACAGAGAAUUCCUGUCUCCAACAGCAGCAGCAGCAGCAGCAACAACAACAAAGGUCUGGAGAGAUGGCUCAGCAGUUUGAUCCAUCUUAGCCCCCACAUCAGAUGGCACACAAAAGGCCUUUUGGCCUUUGGAGAUACCUGCCCAAACAUACACACACACACACACACACACACACACAGAAUUAAGAUCAAUAUUUUUAAAAAUUAUGGGCCAAUGAGCUGACUCAGUUGGUAACAGCACUUGCUACUCAGUCCCGAUGGGCUGAGUUCAAUCCCUGGCACUCAGAGAGUGGAAGUAGAGAGCCGACUUCAGAGUUGCUCUCUGACUCCACACAUUCACUAAGGUAAGCACCAUGGUGAUGACACCCCCACCAUGCACUCAUAUGCAUACCAAUAGUAGUAAUAAUAUAAUAACAAUAAAAUUAAAGAUCUAUUUUAAGCUGUAAUUUAAAAAUAUAUGCACAUGUAUUGAACAAUAAUUUGUUUGAGAUUUUUAAAAAUAAUACUUUUUUACUAACAUGUACUAAUUGUAAUAUAUUAAUGAAGACCCACAAGAUAUUUUCAGCAUGCAAGUAGCUGCAAACUUGGUCUUUGUUUUAAAUCUACCUUCUGUCUCUGUCCAAAGCUGGUCCUCACAAUUCCAUAUCCUUUUAAGUCAGGGUAUGAGAGGGAAUGAGGUUCGUCACUGUGCAGCCAACUUACUCAUUGAACAUGAUGUCCUUCAGUUCUGUCUGUUUUGCUACAAAUGAUAGUCUCUCAUGUUCUUCUCUAUGGCUGUGAACUGUCCUAUCACUGAGUGUACCACAGUCCUUUGUCCACCCACUUUGGUGUUGGUGACUGCUAGUUUAGGAGUCUCCAGCCAUACCAUCUCUGUUUAAUUGAAGGACCUGUAGUUUGAGCAGAGAACCCCUGAAGGGGAAAGAAGGCCACAUUUUUGUUAAGACUUUUCUAUGAAUUGUGGACAUUAUAUCAAAACUGUGGAAAGUUUUGAUGCACAGCUUCUGGCCUAAAAUUCCAAUGUCUGGGGCAUGGUCACGCAAGCAUUUAGUCCCAGCCUUGGGAGGUAGAGGCAGGAGGAUCUCUGAGUUUGAGGCCAGGGUGUUCUACAUAGCAAGACCCUGUCUCAAAACAAAACAAAACAAAAGAAAAUUCUUGUGUUCAUCGAAACAACCUGAAGGAGAUUAAAUUAUGAACUAUGUUCUGGGUUGGUGGCUGGGGAGAGCACAGGGUAUGAGGAGCAUGUUAGCAGUUUCUGCUGCUGUGUGAAUGUCAGAGUGUGACCCCUGGUCAUCAGAGCAUGACCCCUGUUCCUGUAGGCACUGUGGAUGAAAACAUGCCACACAGACUAUGCUCACUAAACCCACUGCAGACAGCUGGCUAUUCCAGGGUUAUUUAGUUGCUGUGAGCCAAACACCUGACUCAGUAGUUUAAACAGGGAAGGGUUUCUUUGGGCUUAGGGUUUGCAGUUCCAGUCCACCACGGUGAAAGCCCGGGGUAGGGGGAGGGGAGGGGCUCAUAGCUGUGGCUCACAUGGGGGAGAUACUUUGUUGUUUAAAAUCCAUUCUAGAUCUCUGGUCCAUGGCAUGGUGCCACCCCUGUUCAGGGUGAGUCUUCUGUCCUCAGUUAAAGCUCCCUGGAAAUGCUCUCACAGACUUCCAAGGGAGUCCAUAUCUAGUCAAAGUGACAGUGACCAGGGUUGGUCAUCCCUUACCAACCUGGCACAUACAUCCCCUUACAUCACAGUCGCCUGCCCUGUCCCUAGGCCUUCUUGGCCAUCUCAAAAUGCAAGGUGCAUUUGGUCUGUCUCUGAAUGUGCUCAAAAUAAUUUUAUUUUAUUUGUGUGUAGGGGCAGGAGGUAAAGCUAUGAGGUAUAUGUGGAUCUUGGAGUACGGCUUGUAAGAGUUGUUUUUUUUCCCCACCAAGUGGUUGUUGGGGAUCAAACUCACUGGGGUCAGGCUUAGCAGCAGGCACCUGCAUACACCAAGCCCUCUCACCAGCCCCUCAAAUGCCCAACAUUGUUCAGAAGCCUCUACUGAGGCUCCAGCACCCCCUUAACUGUAAACUCUGUAAAAUAAUAUAAAGGAAGUUAUAAACUUUCAAUAUGUAUGAGUCCAGCUUGGCUGCACAGUGAGUGAGACCAACAACAACCAACCUUUUAACUUCCAAGGGCACAGGUUAAAAUAGGAAAGAAUGAGUGCAUCAAAAGAAAAAAUCAGACCAAAGCUGACAGGAGUCUGCUGGGAAAUACCAAAUCCUGAAAUGUGGCAUUCCAAACCUGGAGCUCUUGGCCCAGCAUCUGGGCCUCAACAGUCUACCUGCUGCACAUGCAGCCUCUCUCAUGGGGUAGUUCUGCUCACCCAUGCCUUUCUUGGGAAAACAUACCAUGGUCCUGGUGUUUUCAAAAUUCUGAGGUCCUGGGCUGACAAGAUGGCUCAGUGAGUGAAGGCAUUUGCUGCCAAGUCGGAGGAGGUGAAUUAGAUCCCCAAGGCUUACGUGGUGGAAGGAGAGGACUGACUCCCACAGGUUCUUAUCUGACCUCCACACUUGUGCUUUGGCAGGCACGUCAUUGUACACACAUAUAUGCUGAAUAAAUAAAUGUAAUAAAAAAGUAAA